GAAGACAACCUGUCGUAUCCUUUCAAGCUGACCAUUUCAGUUUUUCUCAAUGGCGCGUCUAUCGUUGUUUGCUCCUCUUAACCAAGUACCUCAGUUGUCCUCCACACCGCUGCAGAUUCUGUUUCAUUUGAACGGCUGGUAUUUUGCAGCGUUCUUUGUCGCCGAGGUUCUAAUGUUUAUCUACAAAGGAGUGAUCCUCCCUUACCCACAAGCCAAUCUGAUACUAGAUGUUGUCCUGCUGCUCCUCUUCUUGGGCCUGGAAGCCCUCAGACUCUUCUACGGCUGGAAGGGGAACCUGUGCCAGCGCUCUCUGGCUCUGUUUGUGAGUGUUGCUGUUCUGGUGCCCUGUUCUGUGCUGAGCGUCUACUUCCUGCUGCUGCAGACCUUCGUGUUACGGCUGGAGUUUGUGCUCAACGCCGCGCUGCUCUGCUUCUACAGCUUCGAGCUGGUUCUGGGGCUCAUGACCAUCUCCGUUUUUUCAAGGGCCAACGUUUAUUAAGUUCAACGUCUUGUCAGAAUGAAAACGCUGAAAAGGAUAAGCUUGCAGUCUUUGAAACGGUUACCUUUUUUGCGUUUACAGUCAUUUGUACAGUUUUGUAAUCUUGUUGGGAUGUUAUAAAAGAUAUUUCCGGCGUGCACAGAUUUUUUUUGUAAUAAUGUGUUGUUAAAUGCAAUGUAAAUUUAUUUUUGUAAAUACAGAUUUCCACGAUUAAAUGGAGGAAAAAAAAAUG